GUAAUCGCGGAGCAGUAACGAAUUACCUGAUUCGGUUCGUGUACACGAGGUGGAACCCGACACGGUUUGUCAAAGGGCAACACGCCGACGCUCCUUUUCGUUCGCCCCCCUUCUUCAUCACUCAACACAUUUGUCGAUUUUGUAAAUUUCCAUCAUGAGAGAAAUCAUCCACAUCCAAGCUGGCCAGUGCGGUAACCAAAUUGGUCAAAAGUUCUGGGAAACCAUCUCCAAGGAACACGGUAUCGACACCACUGGUGCUUAUGCUGGUGACAACGAUCUCCAGCUUGAGCGCAUCAACGUCUAUUACAACGAAGGCUCGUCGGGCAAAUACGUGCCCAGAGCCGUGUUGGUCGAUCUUGAACCUGCCACCAUGGAUGCCAUCCGUGGUAGCGGCUACGGCAAGCUCUACCGCCCCGACAACUUUGUCUCUGCCCAGUCUGGCGCUGGUAACUCGUGGGCCAAGGGCUACUACACUGAGGGUGCCGAAUUAGUCGAGUCCGUCUUGGACAUUGUCCGUAAGGAGGCUGAGCACACCGACUGCUUGCAGGGCUUCCAGUUGGCCCACUCGCUUGGUGGUGGUACCGGUUCCGGUAUGGGUUCGCUCUUGUUGUCCAAGAUCCGUGAAGAGUACCCCGACCGUAUGUUGUGCACCUACUCGGUCGUCCCUUCGCCCAAGGUCUCUGACACUGUCGUUGAGCCCUACAACGCUGUCCUUUCCGUCCACCAAUUGGUCGAAAACUGCGAUGCUACCUUCUGUAUCGAUAACGAAGCUCUUUACGAUAUUUGCUUCCGCACCUUGAAGCUCUCCAACCCCGGUUACGGUGAGCUCAACCAGCUAGUCUCGGCUGUCAUGUCGGGUGUCUCCACCUCGUUGCGUUUCCCUGGUCAGUUGAACUCUGAUCUUCGUAAGCUUUUCGUCAACAUGGUUCCCUUCCCUCGUCUUCACUUCUUCAUGGUCGGUUUUGCUCCUUUGACUGCCUUCAACUCACAACAAUACCGCAACCUCAGCGUCCCUGAAUUGACCGCACAAAUGUUCGAUGCCCGUAACAUGAUGGCCGCCUCUGACCCUCGCCACGGUCGCUACUUGACCGUCGCCACCAUCUUCCGUGGCCGCUUGUCGACCAAGGAAGUCGAGAACCAGAUGUUGGCUGUCCAGCAAAAGAACUCGUCCUACUUUGUCGAGUGGAUCCCUAACUCGGUCAAGACCUCGUUGUGUGACAUUCCUCCUGUCGGUUUGAAGAUGUCGGGUACCUUCAUUGGUAACAGCACUGCUAUCCAAGAGUUGUUCAAGCGUGUCAACGAGCAGUUCACUGCCAUGUUCCGUCGCAAGGCUUUCUUGCAUUGGUACACUGGUGAGGGUAUGGACGAGAUGGAGUUCACUGAGGCCGAGUCCAACAUGAACGAUCUUGUCUCCGAAUACCAGCAAUAUCAGGAAGCUGGUGUUGAGGAUAUGGAAGAAGAAUUGGAAGAUGACUACCUCGAAGAAGAUGAUGAAGGUGGCGUUUUGGAGGAACAGCAAUUGCAGUAAACCACCCAGAAUGCAUACAGUAUUAAGAACAUCUCUUUUUUCUCCCAUGACUUUCUCCCAUCUUUCUUUUAUAAAGUUUUAAAAAAUAACACAUAAUCCCCAUUCGAUUACCCAACCCAAACCUCCCAUUUGCUUCCCGGACCUUCGAGCAAUUUUAUAGCACACCAAAUACACGUAAAAACUCACCUUCCCCCGUUAAUACUAAGGUCUAUGCCCUUGUUUGAAUACAGAAAAUUUUUUAUGGAAUC